AUGAAGUAUUAAGUCAUAUUCAGAUAUAGUCUGAGGCCGAGGCAAGGUCGAAUGGCGUCAAACGGCGUCACAGAUAAAUAAUUUUCCUCAUAAUCAAAACAGUUCUCCUCCACAGAUGUGAGAGUGCACACAUAACCUCAAAAUGUUAUAGUUCUAAAAAACGAAAAUGAAGUGCGUAAUUAUUUUCGUGUGUGUGUUUUUGCUGUGCGUGUGUUUAAAUGAAGGGAAAGACUUCACGGUCGGCACGAGGGCGAACAAUUUGUUGAUAUCGACAGAGAAAGUGAAGUAUAGAAGUUUACCGCUAAUAAGGCGAGACAAGGAUUAUACUUACAUCGAUCCGAAGGAGAGAAUUAUUAAGGGCAUCAUUGCUCGAGAUCUCUCGCGGACGGACACAGAAGUGACCAUCACAUCGGGAGGAAUAGGAGCCACCAACGUGACCCUACACCUACAGAGCGGGAGGGGAGAAGAACUCAACUAUCUCAUACUCAUAUUUAGCAACAAUAUCAAAUGAAACAUUAAUUUAUCAUAAAUUACACGCUAUUAUAAUAA